AUGGACACUUUUUCGUGUGUAGGGAUUCUUAAUGGGCAUAGAAGCGGGGUACUGAAAGGGGUGUUUUGGAUGAAUGGCGAGAAGCUGGUAACUAGCUGUGCAACAGGAGAGAUGAAGGUGUGGGACGUCAAGAAAAAAGUGUGUGAAAUGAACAUUGGAGUGCAUAGAGACAAGGUGUGGGCAUUGUUAGGGAUUACAGGGCUUAUUAGUGGUGGAAAUGGAGCGAUUGCGUUUUUUGAAGAUGAUUCGCUAAAAGUGGCGAAUGAGGAGCUGGAGAUUAAGAACCUGAAAGAAGCUCAAAACAUUGAAAUAGAGAAGUGUCUACGAAACAACAUGAAUGUAAGAGCGGUAGAGAUAUUGCUGAGCACAGACAAUUAUAGCCAGCUGUUUAGGAUGCUUGUCAGAUGCUAUAGAGCAAAGGAAAGCGAAGUUUUUGAUGUUAUUGACGGCAAGCAGAAGAAACUCUUCGAAGCGAUACUGAAGCAGGGGACGUUUAAGAACUGUGCAGCGAUUCAUUGGCUUGUAGAGGAGGGGCUCCGAAGGAAGUGGAGUGUAACCAAGGAGCUGAUGAACAAGAUGCAUCUACUUACAGAAAAGCACUCAUUACUGAUUGAUGAUAUAUACUUACAUCUUCUUGGAUUUACUGCCUUGAAAUAA